AUGUUCUCAGGCCGCCUCUUCAUCCCCUUCUACACCUGGCUGCCCAUACAGGAGAACCGCGAGAUACAGCGGGCAGCGGAGAGGGUGAGGCGCCUGUCUCUCGACCUCAUUGCCACGCGCAGACAGCAGCAAGCAAGCGAGCCGGGGAGGGACCUGCUGGCAGUGAUGCUGGCAGCGAGGGAUGACGUCAGCAACGAGCAGAUGACCGACCAGCAGCUGGUGGAUGAGUGCAUCACGUUCCUUGUGGCCGGUCACGAGACCACAGCGAAGCUGCUGACGUGGGGCGUGUAUCUGCUGGCGCGCUUCCCUGAGUGGCAGCAACGGCUAAGGGAGGAGGUGUGGCAGGUGAUGGGGGAGCAUGGGGAUGCGGGGAAACGGACCAAGGAAGGUGGAGAGGAAGGGGAGAAGGAGGAGGGGGCGCGGGGCAAGAAGGGAGGGGGCGGAGUGGAGGUGGCAUGGGAGCAAGUGGCGCAGCUGCGGCAGAUGCACAUGGUGCUGCUCGAAACACUCCGGCUCUUCCCACCCACGCCUACCAUCACCAGGGAGGCCAGCAAGGACGUCGCCCUGGGCCCGUACAGCAUCCCAGCGGGCACGCGCAUCAUGAUGUCGCUUGCCAUGCCGCACAGCGACCCGCGCUACUGGGGGGAGGAUGUGCUGGAGUUCAACCCUGCACGCUUCAAGGUCCCCACAGACGGCAUACAGGGAGCAUGUUCACACCCACAGGCCUUUGUGCCAUUCUCAGCGGGCCCACGGGACUGCAUCGGCUCCAACUUUGCUCUCACAGAGGCCAAGGUUGUGCUUGCGCAUUUGCUCAGGCGCCUCGAGUGGGACCUCUCGCCCACAUACGUACACCUGCCCAGUGUGGGAAUCACGCUUACCCCUAAAUAUGGGAUGCCUCUACGUAUGAGAUUCGGACCGUAUGAUGCGCCUUUCAGCGUUUUUUUCCCUCCGGGAUCGCCAUUCCGGUUCCUGAAACGCCUGCAGCUCAGCUAUUGCUUCGACGAGGAGCGGCUUCCAAGCAAUAUUGGACAGGUGCUGCCGCGCCUGCAAGAGCUCAGCAUCAACGAGUGCGAAGCCUUGAGCGAUCUGACUGACGCCAUCACGUCGCUCACCUGCCUGGAGAGCCUGACCGUAUGCCACUGCAGAGUGUACGAUCUGCCGGAAGACUUUGGCCAUCUUCCCGCCUUGAAAACCUUGGUGCUGAGCCAUCUGCUGCUCCGCACUCUCCCGGCUUCCUUCACCCGACUCGCAUCUCUGGAGACGUUUUUCCUGCAUUGGUGCGAAGAUAUGGAGGAGCUUCCUGCGGGGUUUGGUCGCCUCACAGCCCUCCGGUCUCUGAGCCUUGCAGGGUCUUCCAUCUUGCAGCUUCCCGAAGACUUGGGCGGCCUGACCAACCUCCACACCUUUUAUUUCGAGAAGAACAGCCUAGGGCAGCUGCUGUCGCCAUUAGCGCAGCUGGCUUCGCUGACCAGGCUGGAGCUGCAAGGGGUCAAUAGUGAGCUUCCAGACAGCAUGGGGGAGAUGACAAACCUGCAGGAGCUUUACAUUCAUCACUGCUAUUCUUGUAUGGAGCUUCCGGAAGCUGUGACGUCGCUUGGCAGCCUUCGAGUGCUGAGGAUCACAGAGUGUAAAGAUCUCCUGUCGGUUCCCAGGAGGCUGGAUGGGCUGACCAGCCUGACGCUGUUGGAGCUGCGGGGGUGUUGGCGGCUGUACGAAGUCCCUCAGGUUCUGCCACUCAGCCUCCAGGCUCUCUGGCUCUCAGAAAAUCAGCAGCUGGGGUCUCUGCCAGAUAUAUCAAGGCUUACAGGGCUCAGGGAGCUGUGCUUGCACAUGGUGGAUGCAGCCUGUAUUGAGGCGAUCGGCGAGCAUCUCUCGAAUGUGCAGCAUCUGGAGCUGGGGCUCACAGCGGGUGCGGAGGAGUCUCUUUCCGCGCUGACCAGGCUUCCUCGCCUCCGCACCUUGUCAGUCUCCACCAUGAGGGAUGCUGGACUCACAGAGCUGCCUGCUGCCAUCACCACUCUCCACCACCUCACAUCCAUUACGAUCGACGUGGAAAACUUGUCUUCUCUUCCGCACAACUUAGGUGUAUUCUCAAGGCUGCGCAAGCUGGACCUAUCCGGCUGCUCGUCCCUCGUGCAUCUCCCUGCGUCUCUCACGCAGCUCUCCCGCCUGCAGGAGCUGAGCGUCAGCUGCACCAGCAUCCGCCUGCUUCCGCCUGGCUUUGCUCAGCUCAGCAGACUGAGGAGGCUUCAUCUCUCGUACUGCAAGCAGCUGGAGGCUCUGCCUGACGACUUAACUGAGCUUAGAAUGCUGGAGCACGUUUCUACUUCAGGGUGUGACAUGCUCCAGCAGUGA